GUGAUUUGAGCCUCAUACCAAAAUCCUGGCGGAUUCACCUCUGUUACUAUUAAUGCUAGUGUCGACAAAGAAAAGAAAGAAGAAACAUUCAUUGAAUAUGCACCAAAGGAUGUAGAAGAAGAAAAUUUAUGAAUGCAAAAGUCCAACACUAUUCUCUUUCCAUCUUCCUCUCAUCUUCACACUACUUGCUCUCUCUCUCUCUCUCUCCCCUUCCAUUUUAUAAUGCCACCACAAUUACAUGCAUCCAAUCAUCCCCGCUCCUAAUCUCUGUUACAUAUCUCAACACAUAAAAAAUAUCCAAAAUAUUAAAAAAAAACAUGAAGCGAAAAUUGGUAGAAGAUCACACCACCAUGUUCUCUCCCUCCGCCGCCGAUUACCAAGAAGGCGACCCCCACCGCAGCGACGGCGCCACGAUCGAGAUCCUCCGGCGCCCCCGCGGCCGCCCUCCCGGCUCUAGAAACAAGCCGAAGCCGCCCGUUUUCGUCACGCGCGACGCCAACAUGAGCCCCUACGUCCUCGAGCUCCCCGGGGGCGUCGACAUCGUGGACUCCACCGCCCGCUUCUGCCGCAAGCAGAGCGUCGGCCUCUGCCUCCUCAGCUGCAACGGGGCCGUCACAAACGUCACUCUCAGGCAGUCCUCCGCCACCCCCGGCGCCACCGUCACCUUCCACGGCCGCUUCGACAUCCUCUCCAUCUCCGCCACCGUCCUCCCUCCAGGGGCAACGGCAGCCGCAGCGGCCGGGCCCUUCGCGGUGACGGUGGCGGGGCCGCAGGGGCAGGUGGUUGGGGGCCACGUGGUGGGGCCCCUCGUCUCCGCCGGGACUAUCUACCUCGUCGGCGUUAACUUCAGCAACCCCUCAUUCCACCGCCUGCAGCCAAUGGAUGGCCAGGAAGGCGAUCGUGACUCUCCUAAGACGAACUCCGGCAGCGGGAGUGGAGGGGCGGAGCCGACGUCCCUGUAUAGCUACCCGCCAAACGACGUCGUGUGGGCCCCCGCCACUAGACAUCAGCCCCCGCCGCCCUACUGUUCGUAAUUUUAGCUCCUCCUUACUAUGCCAGUUCGCUAUUAGAUGUCUCAUUUGAUUUUGACACGAGUUCCAAGAAAUACAAAAAAGAGUGGACGAAAAAAAAUAGUGGAAUGUAAGACAUAUUUUUACACACUGCAUUAGUUUUAUAAACAUGUGAGUGGAAUGAGUUAGCACGUAGAAUGUAUGAUUUACCGACCAUUACAGUAAAAAAGAUAUGAGACUUCUAACUGCAAGUACUAAAAUGACAAAUUAGGGCUCCUAAUGCCUGGAGGGAGUACUUUGGUUAUGGAAAUUCUUGCUUGUAAUUUUGAUGAUUAGGUUUUACUUAUAGUAGUGUUUAAAAGUUUUAAGUUUUAGUCAAUCCAUAGUUAAUAUUGUAAUUUUGAAAUUGAAAUAUUAUAAUUUGUCAUCUUUUCUUAAAUUA